GCAAAAGCUCCAUAUGUGCUGCCUACUGCAAGUAUAACAUGGUUCUCAAGAGGAAAAUUUUAAUCCUAGCAAUUUGUUGCUUGGCUGUGGUCGACAUUGUCACGGCCCAUCUGAAUUGGCCUUUGUGCAAACAGCAGUCAGAUCUUCCUAACCAAUUUAACGGCAUUUUAGAGGGAAACUCAAACAAUGCGGUAGCUAAAAGGGAGGUAAGCUGGCCAUUGAGUUGUCUGCAUGCGUCGAUCAUCAAGGAUGAGAACGGCGAGUCAUUCUUUUCUUUUAACGUAUACUCAUGCUGUGCCCUUUGCGAUUUUCCCAAAUUUUCUCUGUGUACAUUGGCCGGUCUUCCUGAUUGGCUGUGUGGAAGCGAGGCGUAUGAAUGCGUCUUCAGUUGCCGUGACGAAGAAAGUGCGUUGGAGGCUAUGUACAAGUCAAGUGAUUCGGGAUCCCGAGGGAAGCGUACAUUAGAAGGAAUUAGCGAAAACGAGGUGAGACAAAUGAAACUUAGGUUGCGUCAUUUGCGAACUGAUAAUCAGUGCUACAAAAAGAAAUGCCAAGGAAAUGAAUGCUGCCUGAUGAAAACGUGUGUUUCAAUAAAGAAACUCACAAAACAACUUCGCAAGAAAAGACGAGGCCGGGGGAACCGCAGCCGAAGAAAAACGAGGAAAACAAAAUGAGCUUCUUAAGCCUUUCAUCAUCAGGUUUUAGUUGGGAAAACUAAAGUCUACAUGCCUUUCAUUGCACCAACGUGUAGCGUGUUCCUUUGUUCUCCUAGACGCAACUAAACACUUCGGUAAAAAGUGCACUAUCUUACGCAACAAUACUUGUCAAAUAAGCCUGACAAUAUACAUGCAGUAGCUAUCUAGUCACGGUAUUGUUGUAAAUAAUAUCAAGGUUUUGAAAUCAAAUUAUUACGGUAGACAAUGGAUAAUUAUCAUAUGGUAACUAGGCACGGAUCAGUUUAUAUAAUUCGUGUGAGAAUUUGCUUUACAACACGUUUUUUUAUUCAAAUACAAUAAUUU